AUUCCGUUCAUAUUAUCAUUGAUUACAUCAACUCAAAGUCAAUUUUUUGUUCAUAAACAUAGUAUUUUAGACAGACAAAGAUAUGGUUCAUGCCAGAACAAAAGUGAAGCAUUGUUCAUGCCUUCUUUAGUUUAAAUAUUCCAUAUUACCUACUAUAGUAACCACUCCACUUUCUUUAGUUAGUAUAUAUAGCACACACAAAGUGCUUAGGAUUGAAGCAUUGCAAAGAUGGGAACUGAACUUCGAACAGAUUCCACAGACUACAGGACAGAGCUUCUUUCCCCAAAUAUAGCAGCAGAGAAUGUGUCCAUGGCUAGGCAACCUUCAUGGAGGAUCAACAUGGAUGAACAUCGGUUACCAGAAAGGCAAAUGGAGUCUCAUUUUGGCUUUGGAUUCUUCAUCAGAACCCUACAAAGACAAAGGAAACUUGCUGAGUAUUACAAGAGGCAGGAGAGGCUUCUUAAAGGGUACCAAGAAGUGGACUCAUACACUGAUUUGGGCAUGUUACCAGGAAAUAUAUCAGAGGAUGAAAUGAAGGAACUUCAAAGGAGUGAGAGGGUGGCAAUCUAUGCAUCUAACAUAGGGAACAUGGUGCUGUUUGCAGCAAAAGUGUAUGCUUCCGUUGAGAGCAAAUCCCUGGCUGUUAUUGCAUCAACUCUAGACUCACUAUUGGAUCUCUUGUCAGGAUUUAUACUUUGGUUCACUGCUUAUGCUAUGAGAAAACCAAAUUAUCACCAAUACCCUAUUGGCAAGAACAGGAUGCAACCUGUGGGUAUAGUUGUGUUUGCAUCAGUUAUGGCAACUCUGGGAUUGCAGAUUUUGUUUGAAUCAGGAAGAGAAAUCAUCACAAAGACUCAACCCGAGAGGGAUCCAGUGAAAGAAAAGUGGAUGAUAGGGAUUAUGGUGACAGCCACUUUGGUAAAGGUUGCACUAAUGACUUACUGUCGCAGGUUCAAGAAUGAAAUAGUAAGGGCCUACGCUCAGGACCAUUUCUUUGAUGUCAUUACAAACUCCAUUGGUCUAGCCACUGCAGUUCUGGCCAUCAAAUUCUACUGGUGGAUUGACCCUGUUGGAGCCAUCCUGAUAGCUUUAUAUACAAUCAGUAACUGGGCAAAAACAGUGAUGGAGAAUGUGUGGUCAUUGAUUGGUAAAACUGCACCAGCAGAAUACCUUGCAAAGCUAACAUAUCUUUGUUGGAACCAUAACAUGGAGAUCACGCACAUAGACACUGUGAGAGCCUACACAUUUGGGUCCAAUUACUUUGUGGAGGUAGACAUUGUGGUGUCAGAAGAAAUGUCACUUGCUCAAGCACAUGAUAUUGGAGAGGCACUUCAGGAUAAGCUUGAAAAUCUCCCAGAAAUUGAGAGAGCCUUCGUCCACAUUGACUUCAACACAACUCACAAACUCGAGCACAAGCCCAAGGGGGUGUAAAAAACCAAAAGAAAAAUAUUAGACCGUGUUUUAAGAGUGAGGACUCUGGAUUUUGUUAGAAUGUAGGAUUUAAAUUUUGUUUAGUAAUUGUGGAUUAUCAUUGUCCUUGUGAAACAAAUGUAUUUUGUGAAGUUUUCUUGCAAAAAUAUUAAUGAGGGCUAAAUGAGUGUAAUUUUAAUGUACAUUUGUUUACUCACAUUAUAUUCAUUAUCGUUAAAUAAAAAUUUUCUCCCUUUCAUUUUAGUCACUAAAGUUCAGUAGCUUAUCUGCUCUGUUCCUUUAUUAACUGGUUUAUUUAACUCUUUCUUUUUCUUGUACCAAUGUAUUUUUUGCUAUCAUAAAAUGUAAGGAAAUAAACCCAAAAUAAUGACUUAUUAAUCAUCUCAUGACCAGUUCAUCUUCAAAAACCAACACAUGAAAUAUACUAUUGUUUCAAGUUAUAAUAGGACCUCUAUCUCAUAUACACUUAUUAAACACUUGCUUUUUUAUCUUUAUUAUCUUAUCAUGUCA